GCGGAGGCUCUUUUGAAGUCGGUUGAAAGUAUAUUGGACCCUGCCAUAAAUGAACACUUGAAGAUGCUUUCAGACAGAAGAGAAGGUGAAAUCCAGCAGAAUGAGAAGAAAGACUUUAUACAGAUCCUGUUAGAGCUAAUGGAGCAGAAAGACAUUGGUAUAUCACUGGACUUGGUGAAAAUAAAGGCCAUCUUGGUGGACAUUAUUAUUGGUGGGACUGACUCUACAAUUACAACGGUCGAGUGGGUAAUGACAGAGCUUCUGAAUAAUCCGGAGAAGAUGUCAAAGGUGCAGCAGGAAUUGAAACAUGUUGUAGGGAUGAAUAACGUUGUUGAAGAAUCCCACUUACCAGAGCUGCACUAUCUUGAUGCAAUUUUAAAGGAGACGUUACGUUUACACCCUGCAUUACCACUACUUCUCCCAAAGCGCCCGAGCCAAUCUGCAAUAGUAGGUGGAUACAAAAUACCUGAGGGAACUAAAGUAUUCUUGAAUGUUUAUGCAAUUCAUAGGGAUCCUCAGGUGUGGGAAAGUCCACUAGAAUUCCAGCCUGAAAGGUUCUUGAGUCGCUCGACAAAUUUAGACUAUGCUGGAAAUAAUAUGAAGUACCUUCCAUUUGGUUCAGGGAGGAGAAUUUGUGCUGGCCUUCCUUUAGCAGAGAAAAUGGUCAUGUUUAUGUUAGCUUCAUUGUUACAUUCCUUUAAUUGGAAACUCCCUGAGGGCGAAAAGGUUGAUCUUUCAGAGGGAUUUGGACUUGUCAUCAAGAAAAGUGAGAGGCCAUUCGCUAUCCCUACUCCCAGAUUACCAAAUUUCGAUCUAUAUCAGUAAAACUUUACAAAUGCUCUAACAUGUGCCCAAAUUUUACAAAGGAAUUCAUAAAUUAUAGUUAAGAUCUUUAUUCGUAUGGCAUUUGAUAUGCUUAUAUUAUUGUAUCGUAAAAACCUAGUGCAUAUGUUUUUCUCGAAAUAUAUUUUAAUUUUUAUCGAACUUUACCAAAAUGAUAGUACAUAAUGGGAUCGUCGUUUUUCUACAAAUAUUUUUGAACUUUUUUAUUGCAUUCAUGAAAAUUAGAGACUAAGGUACCCGAAAUCCAAGUCUAGUGCGGCUAUCGUUAUUAUUAUUAUUACAUAGUAGAGAAAAGACAUAAAGUCA